AUGGCCGUCCCGGCUAAAGCCAGCAGCUCCUUCUCCAUGGCCUGCCUCUUGGCCGCCAUCUUCCUCCUCUCCUCGGCGCCACGGAGCCACGGCGGCAGCAUCGCCAUCUACUGGGGCCAGAACGGCAACGAGGGCACCCUGGCCGAGACCUGCAGCACCGGCAACUACGCCUUCGUCAACAUCGCCUUCCUCUGCAGCUUCGGAUGUACACUUCCUGUCCAGGCCACUGGAAUUCAUGGACUUGUGGCGUCAUCGUCUCGUACAGGAUGCUGCCCUGCGGCAGUUUAUUCAAUUGGCCAAGUCAUAUCCGGUUGCAAAAAUGCGAAUCAGUAA